UCGGGUUGAAGUUGGGGAGUCUUGGGACCCCAAAAGACCAAAAGCCUUGGCAUUUUGGACAACACAACCCAAUGGAAACAGAUGAAGCUCAGGGAAUUACAGUACCCUUCCAGCUACAAUUCGACAAACCCAUUGCUUCUCAGAUUAAAAUUGCUGAAUGGAACCCAGAAAAAGAUUUGCUAGCCAUGGUCACAGAGGACUCAAAACUCCUCCUCCAUCGUUUUAAUUGGCAGAGACUUUGGACCAUUUCCCCCGAGAGGUGCAUCACAUCCUUGUGUUGGCGUCCCGAUGGUAAAGCAGUUGCAAUUGGCUUUGAAGACGGAACAGUGUCAUUGCAUGAUGUGGAGAAUGGAAAGUUGUUGCGGAGCAUAAAACCACAUACAGUCGCUGUCGUGUGCCUCAACUGGGAGGAGGAUGGACAAACUAUUGCAGAUGGUAGCAAUACCAUUUCAACUUAUGAGGACCGCACUUCCCGUUUCUUUCCUCCUCCCCCAAGAGCUCCUAGGAUGCCUGGAGUAGUUCCUGGAGACAGUGGCUUCACGGAUGAUAGUGAGGAUUCAUUCCAGGAUCUAUCAAACAUGUCGUGCCGACGUUUUAACAUCUUAUGCAGUGGGGACAAAGAUGGAAACCUUUGUUUUAGUAUUUUUGGCAUAUUCCCAAUAGGAAAGAUUAACAUCCAUUGCUUCAGUCUUUGCAGUCAAAUUCAGCACAGCCAAGUUAAUUGUUGUCUGCAGAAUGCUUCUAUUCAUAAGGUGGGGUUCUCGAAAGAUCUUUGUGAUUUGAUAGUCAUGUGCUCUGGGGAACUUGUUGAAGUUGGGGUUGAAUCAAGUCAACUUGGUUUUCACUGCUUAGUUCUUGAUACUUCAAUAUUUUGGAAAAGGAAAUAUGAACUCCAUCAGGUGGCUCAACAAGCUUCCAACAUUGAGGAUCUAACGCAAGUCAUCCGCACAUCACUAUCAGUCAUGUUGAAGCAGUGGAAUGAUGCCAUGCAUACAUUCCAUGAGAAAUUUAACUCUAUAUCUUCCCUGAUUGCCGAUCACGGACUGGACUCGACCCCUCAAGAGGAGUUUCUAAGCCUUUUAGGUGGUGCUAGGACAAGUCCACCCCUUCAUCAAUUUUUAGUCAAUGCUCUUGGAGAAGUGGGUCUCAAGCGGAUGGUGAAAGUGGUUUGUGGUGCUGGAAAGGAUCUUCAGCUGAUUGUUCUUGAUCAUCUACAGCCGGCUGCAGAAAUUAUAGGCUUUAGAAUGGGAGAGCUUAGAGGCCUUUCAAGAUGGCGUGCACGGUAUCAAAGUAUUGGUUUAGAAGAGAAAUUGAUUGAGAAUGCUGCAGAAAAAGCUGGCAUGUUCCUCGUACAAGUUGAACGAUUUAUGAAAAUCCUAUCUUCUGUGGUGCAGCAGUUUUCUAAUUUCUUCAGCUGGCUGCUGAAAUCAUUUAAGAUUCUUAUGUCAGAACCCAGUGAUCAGCUUCUACCCUUCAUUGCUUUUGACAGUGAACUCAUCAUCAUAUUCUUGAAAUUUUUAUACGAUCAAGAUCCCAUAAGGCAACUACUGGAGUUAUCUGAUGUUGAAAACCCUAUUGAAGUUGACUUGGAAACAAUGCAAAGAAUCAAAGAAUUGGCACAUUUUGGAGGAUUUUCAGAUUCUGAAUACUUGAAAAGAACAUUAGCAGAAGAAUUUCGACAGAUGGUGUGCUGUUUCAAUGAAGCAUUUGAUGUGCCUUUUGCUACAAUGUCCAAAAAGAUCCUAUGUAAGGAUUUGUUUCCACUUUUUCCUUUGGAGUCUUUUCCAAAGGAGGUCUCCUCUAAUAUUGCUGCAUCGGUAUCAUAUUACCAGGGUGCUUCAGAUGCUGGCUCUAAUCAUGAUACUUGUGGUCAGAGGAUGACUGGUUACAUGUUGUUCAAGAUACCUGAUGAAUCUUUUUCAGAUAUUUCAAACUGCAUUGGCAUAGCAAGGGGGCUUAUUCAUGAUUUUGGCAAUUCAACAAAGGGUCAACUCCCAUUAGAAGCUGCACUUGUUUCUGUUCCUAAUGGCUAUACCUGUGUAGAUCUUUCUCUAUAUAAAGAAGGUCAGCUUGUUCUUUUGCUAAAUGAAACAGUUACAACUUGCGAGAGCUCUGGGAAUGCUUACCUGAUGAUCAUUCAAGCAUGUGACCUUCCAUUUGUGCCUCUUUCAAGAUCCACAAGUUUGAACUCUUGGAGACUUGAUCAACUUACGGAUUCUAUUGUGAACUUACAGUUGGAUAAUGAAAGGGUUCGAGAUAUUCCUCACUGUGUGAUUGCUCCACUGGCAGUUAGUGCUUCAAGAGGUGUUGCUUGUGUCUUUGCUGCAAGAAAGCGUGCACUGGUUUACAUUCUAGAGGAAGAUGAAGAUGAAGUGUCAGAUUCAGAAUGAGCAACUUUAUUCUACCAUCCAUCUUAAAUUUCUUCAAUCUGUACAUUUGAAUUUUACUCUCCUGUUUUGUUGCCAGUGGGUUCUUUCCAGGAAUCAGAGUAUCUUUCAAGUCUGUAAGAGGCAUUUAAUGGAGAUAUGCGGUGGUUUUAUUUCUUGAGCAACAUUCGUAGAACUGCAGUUUACAUGUAUCCAUUGAAGAAUUCAAGGGUGAGGUGGUUUAAUAGUGUCAUACAAUGUGCGUUUGUCUGUACAUGAGUUUACAUGAUGCAUCUUAAUCUGGAGUAGAAUGCACGAUAUUUCCAUAUGCACAGAUACCAAGUUUUUCCAUGCG